AGUGUUGCUGUCACUCUGUAUAGCCCCCACACACCAACACACAGUCACACCGCUAUGAGUCACACACUCAAGUCAACCCACGUUUGUCUCAAUUUCAUGUUUUUGCUGGAUUUUAGCCAGCAAGUUUUCCAAGUAGAGUUUUGUUGUUUUUCAGUGACCCAGGUCUUAUUUUUUUCCAUUUCUGGUGUGUAAGUUAAAGAAGGAACACCCAGUUACAGUUUCUUUCUGUUGUCAAUAAGGUUUGCCAAUAAUCUUGCCAGCUGAGCACUUGCACUCGGUCGUGCUUUGUCCAGGAUUCUGGUUACGUGGGGUUUGUGCUUACUAAAGAUGGAUGAUUCCUGGGCCUUACCCUUUAAUCCCGAUGAAAUUUUCAUUUUGGAACAUGACAUAGAGAUACUUACAGACCCUAUUCUGGGUUUGUUACUCCUUGGACAGGAGAAUGCUGAUGAGGUGGAUGUUGAAACUUUCUUGGAUUUGGAGAGAUUCCUGUUUGGUGAUAAUCCAGCAGACAAUACACACGGAGAUGUGUUUCAGGAUUUUGUUUUUGAAGUGAAUCCCCAAAAUGGGCAGACGGUCACUGCAGGGGGACUCGAAGAGGAUGGCUUUGACCAAGAGCAACGUGCGAGAAGUGGAAUGUAUGAGGAAACUGGGAGGUCUGUCUCUCAAACGGAGACCAAACACCACACACCUUCCCCAAUUCCUACCUCGUCAGCAGCCGAAUGUCUUCCCGCUGCAAUCAAAUCAGUUGUGCCCGCGGCCGAAACACCACGUGGGCGUCCGAAAAAGGCCGCAAAGUCAGCUUUGGACCUGAAGAUCGACAAAUUGUUGAAUCUACACAAAUCCAUCCGUCAGGGUCGCCGCCGUAAAUUAUCGCUCCCAGGCGACGGGCGUCGUAAUGGAAUGAUGUUAAGUGCCAUACAACGACUGUUGUCAUUGAAAACCGAUCAAGGGAAAAUCCCCCGCGAGGCCAGUGAAUUGGUGGCAGCUGGAGUUGCCGAGAAAGACGUUGGUGCCGUUGAGGUAAUGCUCUGUCUUCCGGAGUCCAAUCUUAAUUCGAAGAUCAGUUUUCCGGCCAAUUUGGCCUCUCUUACUGGGUUAAGAGGACUUCUGCUAAGUCUAGAGGGCGAGGAGUCUGUCGAAGUGAAAAAAGAAAACGGAAUCUCUGAGACGGAAGUGAACUGCUUGGGAGAUCCAGUUGAGGAUCAAAAGCUGCUGUUUGUACUUAACAAGUGCUUUCGAUCAUGGGCCAGACCGUAUUUUGAUAUCGAGGCUCCUGUUGAUGAGAAGAAGAGAAUGGACUAAGUCUGGUCAAAUCCCGCUAAGGACGCGAGACACGCGACUCGUAUUUUGAUUAAAUUUUCGUAUGUAUUUACGUCUGUAUAUAUUGUUUUCAAAAUUCUUGAAACUGAUAACCGUUAUCAUAAUUUUAGAAACCCUUGUCUAGUACAUGGUCAAAAUUUAUUUCUUAAACAUCAAAAUUUAUUUGUUUACAUUCAAGUUAAAAAUUACCUUAUUAGCUACUUUAAUACUUCACUUAUUAGCUACUUCAACGCCAACGUGAUCAACAUUGUCCGCUCGUCCUUACGGAACUUCCGCACCAGAACCUACGACAGCGAUUCCAUUUGGAGUCAGACGCGUUUUAUAAUAGGAGACUGUUCCAACAAAGCUAAACGAUUCAGCAAAGAUGUGAUUUCCUAAUAAUUGGGAUAAGUCAGUGCGAUUUCAAAAUCGCGCCGCUUUGAUUGAGAAUUUCGCCGCUGCAAUCGCAUUGCCAUGACAAAGGAAUUGGACGUAAACAACUAAACAUUACAAUGGCCCUUAAACUUGAAUGAUUCAGUUCCAGCUCAGCAGUGGUUGAGGUUGUCAUUCGGUGUUCUCAGAAUGGAUAGUU